AUGUUUUUACAAAGUUUGACAACUUUUAUUAAGAAAAAGAAAAAUUAUGCUGAGAAACUAGCGUCUUUUGAAAUUGAUAGAGAACCAAACAAAGAUGAGUACAAAAAAAUUUUAGAUAUUUUGUGUGAAUUUUUAAUGAAUCCAAAAUCUACGGAAGAUAUUGCUGAAUGUUUUCCACAAUUAUUGCCUAUAUUAAUCUCUACAAGUAUCUCAAUGGAAAAAAUUUCUUUUGAUGAUGGAGAUUCACUUCAUAAAUUAAAUUCUGUCAUUUUAGGAAAACUACUUUGUAAAAAUCAAGAUUUGUUAAUAUUUGUUCUACAUUAUUUUGAGUUAAAUCCAGCUCCAUUUGAAUCUAUAGAAGUUGAUUAUAGUCCAUCUUCAAAGCGAUGUAAUAAACGAAAAAUAACAUCUUUUAUAGAAGUAUCUGAUUAUGAUUUAGUAACUGCUUGUUAUGAUAUUCUAUGUAGUGCAUCAAUGCAUUUUAAACACAUAUGGAAUUGGUCUAAAUUUUAUAAAUAUUUAAUUCAUGAAGAUGAAGGUGUUAGAUGGAUAGCAAUAAAUUGCAUUGCUGUUGUGUUAGGAAUGUCGGAAUCUUGCUAUUUAUCUCGUGCAAAUGAUUUUCUUUCAAAAAUUCAACAAUUCUUUAUUGAAAGUAAAGAAAUUAAUAAACAUAAUGUAACAUUUGAAGAUAUCAAAGAAAUAGAUCAAAUUUUUGAUGUACCUUCAGUAGUAUCUAUUGGAGGAAUAUUACUUCCAGUAUUUGAAAAAUCUAAAUGUAAAAAUGAUUUGAAUCUAGUUCCUGUACCAUCUACACGACAAAACUUGCAGAACUUAGCUUUUGCAAUAUCUUCAAAUAAUUGUGUAUGUUUACAAGGUGCAGUUGGUUCAGGAAAGACUGCAUUAGUAGAAUUUUUAGCACAUGCUACUGGUCAUGAUGCACAAAAUUUUGCAAAAGUACAAUUAGGUGAUCAAACAGAUUCUAAAAUGUUAUUGGGAAUGUACAGAUGUACUGAAAUUCCUGGAGAAUUUUUAUGGCAACCAGGGAUAUUGACUGAAGCUGUGUUAUCUGGCAAAUGGCUGCUUUUGGAAGAUAUUGAUUGUGCUGCAUCAGAUGUUCUUAGUGUGAUUGGACAACUUGUAGAAACUAAAACAUUAUCAGUUCCUGGUUACAGAGAUUUAAUACACAUAAAAAGUGGAUUUCAAUUGUUUGUUACAAGAAGAUUGAUUUCUGGAGGAACACAAAAAUCACUUCAAAUGCCAAUACAGAAAGAAUGGUCUUGUGUUAAUGUAGAAUCUUUAUCAAAAAAAGAACUUGUGACAAUAGUUCAAACUUUAUUUCCAGUAUUACAUACAGUAGCUACAAGAAUUGUUGAUGUAUUUUUAUUAUUUUCUGCUGGAAAUCAUGAAGAUGAAAUUGAAAUGAAUAAUAUAAAGAAUUCUCGACAAAUUUCUACCAGGGAUUUGAUUAAAUGGUGUUCCAGAGCUAUUAUUGAUUUUGAUGUAUCUUCACCUAUUUCGGCAUUGAAAAUCUUUCAAGAUGCUUUGGAUGUUUUUUGUUGUUCUAUAUCAAAUUCUGUACAACGUUUAAAUUUGGCAAUAGCAGUAGCGCAUAAAUUAGGUAUUGUAAAAACAAAAGCUGAAUUUUUUGUUAAAAUACAUAAACCAUCUGUAAAUAUUCACAAAAAAUGUCUCAUUGUUGGUAGAGCAAAGUUAGAAAUAAAAAAAUCUGACAAAGUUAAAUUAGAAUCAAAAAAUUCAAAUUUUUCUUAUACAAGACCAUCCGUUUGUCUUUUAGAACGAAUAGCUAGUUGUAUUAUUCAAAAAGAACCAGUUCUUUUAGUUGGAGAGACUGGAACAGGCAAAACAAGUUGUGUACAAUAUCUUGCGCAAAUAACAGGCCAUAAAUUAAUAGUAAUAAAUAUGAAUCAGCAAAGUGAAAGUACAGAUUUACUUGGUGGUUAUAAACCAGUAGAUCUUAAACUUUUGAUCCUUCCAAUUCGUGAAGAAUUUGAAAUUUUAUGAUCGUAUUUUGCAAUUGAACCAAAUCUAAAAUUUUUGAAUCAUAUCGGAUAUUGCUUUGAAGAAAGAAAAUGGAAAACAUUGACUACUUUAAUGAUUCAUAGCACUAAUGCUGCUUUAAGAAGAUUGAGAGCAUCUAUGAAAAAUCAAGAUGAGGUAGAAGUUUUAAAGAAAUGGGAAAAUAUAGCACAGAAAUUAGAAAAACUUCAAUCUCAAGUGCAAAGUCAAUAUUCCUUAGCAUUUUCUUUUGUAGAAGGUAGUUUAAUAAAAGCAUUAAAGAAUGGAGAUUGGGUUUUAUUAGAUGAAAUUAAUUUGGCUACUGCAGAAACAUUGGAAUGUCUUUCUGGUUUAUUGGAAGGAUCCUGUGGAUCUCUAUCUUUGUUAGAGCGUGGAGAUAAAGAACCUAUAAAAAGACAUAAAGAUUUUGCAAUAUUUGCUUGUAUGAAUCCUGCAACAGAUGUUGGUAAAAAAGAUUUGCCAGUAGGAUUAAGAAAUAGAUUUACAGAAUUUUUUGUUGAUGAACUUAUAGAGAAAUCAGAUUUAGAACUUUUAGUAAGUUCAUAUUUGAAUGAUUUAAAUCUUCCAUCAGGAAAAAUUGAAAGCAUUGUCAAAUUUUACUUAAAUGUCAGGAAAGAAGCAGAAACUACUCUUCUUGAUGGAACUGGACAUAAACCACAUUAUAGUUUGAGAACUUUGUGUCGAGCUUUAAAUGUAUCUGCACAAAAUCCUUGUGCAAAUGCACUGAGAUCUUUAUAUGAAGCAUUUUGUUUAAGUUUUCUAACACAAUUAGAUAGUAACUCUUAUCCCAUAGUACAUAAAAUGAUUGUAAAAGCUAUCUUAGGAGAUAAAAAUGCAAGUGCUAUUAUUGGAAUUCCAAUUCCAAGACCACAUGGUUCUGUUGAUAAUUUUAUCUGCUUUGAAGGCUAUUGGAUUCCUAAAGGUGAUCUUGAUCCAAAAAUUCCAGAAAAUUAUAUUCUUACAGAAACAGUCAAACAAAAUUUGAAAGAUUUAGUACGAGUAGUAUCAAUAGGUAAAAUACCUGUACUAUUGCAAGGUGACACUUCUGUUGGAAAAACUAGUUUGAUUACAUAUUUGGCAAAAGCUUCUGGACAUGUCUGUGUUAGAAUUAAUAAUCAUGAACACACUGAUUUACAAGAAUAUGUUGGUACUUAUAUUGCUGAUUCUACUGGAAAGUUGGUCUUUAAAGAGGGUAUUCUAGUAGAUGCUAUGCGAAAAGGAUAUUGGAUAAUUUUGGACGAAUUAAAUUUAGCACCUAGCGAUGUUUUAGAAGCUUUGAACAGAGUUCUUGAUGAUAAUAGAGAAUUGUUUAUUCCUGAAACUCAACAAGUUGUAAAAGCACAUAAUAAUUUCAUGUUAUUUGCUACUCAAAACCCUCCAGGUUUAUAUGGUGGAAGAAAAAUAUUAUCACGUGCAUUUCGAAAUAGAUUUGUUGAGUUACAUUUUGAUGAAAUUCCAUCUAAAGAACUUCAAGUAAUUUUGCAUAAAAGAUGUAAGAUGCCAGAAACAUAUUGUAAACAAGUAAUCAAUGUAAUGACAGAACUUCAAAUACGAAGAAAGAGUACUGCAACUUUUGCUGGAAAGAAGGGUUUUAUAACUCUUAGAGAUUUGUUUCGUUGGGCUGAAAGAUAUCAUCUCGCACCCGAUACUGGAAGCACUUUGUAUGAUUGGAGUCAACAUUUAGCUGAUGAAGGAUAUUUAGUUCUUUCUUCAAAAGUUCGUCAUCCUGAUGAAUGUUUAGAAAUUAUACAAGUAUUAAAGAAACAUUUAAGAAGAGAUGUUGAUCCAGAUGCUCUAUUUUCACUUUCUGAAAAAACUUCUACUGUUACUAAGCCAAUUUUGGAAUCUCUUUUGUCAAAAAAUCCAGGAUUUGAACAUUUAGUUUGGACAUAUCAAAUGCGUAAAAUGGCAGUACUUCUUUCAAAAGCCUGUGACUUUAAAGAACCAGUUCUUCUAAUUGGUGAAACAGGGGGUGGAAAAACUACAGUUUGCCAACUAUUAUCUGUAAUUAGACACCAGGAACUUAGUAUUGUCAAUUGUCAUAUGCAUACAGAAGCUUCAGAUUUUCUUGGAAGUCUUCGUCCAGUCAGAGAACAUGGAGAAAAUCAGAAAUUGUUUGAAUGGGUUGAUGGUCCUUUAGUGAAAUCUAUGAAAAAUGGAGGCUUUUUUUUAAUAGAUGAAAUUUCUUUAGCGGAUGAUAGUGUACUUGAACGAUUGAACUCUCUUUUAGAACCUGAACGUAAACUUUUAAUCGCUGAAAAACCAUCGUCCGGAGAAAAUGCAACAGUCACUGCUCAUGAAAAUUUUAUUUUCGUUGGUACAAUGAAUCCUGGCGGUGACUACGGUAAAAAAGAACUUUCACCAGCCCUUAGAAAUAGAUUUACGGAAAUUUGGUGCGAAGGUUGUGUUUCAAUGGAUGAUCUUAAAUACAUUAUAGAACAUAAUUUACAUAAGGAAUUCAAGAAAAAUAUUUCUACAGCGAUAAUAGAGUUUAUUAAAUGGUUACAAUCUAUGGAAAUAGGGAAAAAACUUGUUGUUAGUGUCAGAGAUAUACUUACAUGGGUCAAUUUUGUUAAUUGUUGUGAAAAUUUAAAAAUAGGAGAUGCCUUCUUCCAUGGUGCAGCUUUAAGUUAUAUCGAUGGACUUGGAUCUGGUUUAACUGCUGCAGAAAAUUCAAGAAAAUUAAAAGAUUUUAAGAAUUCAGCAUUGAAAUUUAUUGAACAGCAAAUACAAAAUACAUUAAAAUCUGAAUUAAUAUUAAAUUAUAAGGAAUUUGAUAUUGAAUACCAUAAAGAUAAAUUUGGAAUACAUCCAUUUUACGUGAAGAAGAGAAACGAACAAAUUCCAAGCAAUAUACAAUUUGCUUUUUCAAGCCCAACAACAAAAAUGAAUACUCUAAAAGUUUUACGUGCUUUACAGUUAAGGAAACCAAUCUUAUUGGAAGGUAGUCCAGGAGUUGGCAAAACUAGUUUAGUUUCUGCACUUGCUAGAGCAUCUGGACAUCAUCUUCUUAGAUUAAAUCUAAGUGAUCAAACAGAUAUUUCGGAUUUAUUUGGAGCUGAUUUACCAGUGGAAGGAGGGAAGCCUGGUGAAUUUUCAUGGAGGGAUGGUCCUUUUUUAAGAGCUCUCAAAAAUGGAGAUUGGAUUCUUCUGGAUGAAUUAAAUCUUGCGUCCCAGUCAGUUCUCGAAGGAUUAAAUGCCUGUCUUGAUCAUCGUGGUGAAAUUUACAUUCCAGAAUUAGGAAUGACUUUUAUUGUGAAAUCAGGAACUCGAUUAUUCGGCUGUCAAAAUCCUCUUCGUCAAGGUGGAGCUAGAAGAGGUCUUCCAAAAUCAUUUUUGAAUCGUUUUACACAAGUUUUUGUAGAUGCUCUCGAACAAAGCGAUUUAAAGUUCAUUCUAAAUGUUCAAUUUCCGGAGUUACCAGAAGAUUUACUCGAUAAGAUGAUACAGUUUAAUGAAGAAUUAAGCUCUCAGAUUGGAAUUACCUGGGGCCAUUCAGGAUCACCUUGGGAAAUGAACCUUAGAGAUGUUACCAGAUGGUGUGAAAUAAUGAUGGCAGGUUUUAAAUUGUGUAAAGAAAAGAUAUUCAAUCCUGGAAAUGGUGCUCAGUUAAUUUAUAUAAAUAGAAUGAGAACUAAUGAAGAUAAAAAAAAGAUAAUCGACAUAUAUAACAGGAUAUUUUCUCGGAAUGAUUGGCGUUUACCAGAUACAGAAUUUCCAAUUCACUUGACGAAAGAGAAGAUUUUUUUGGGAGAUGAAGUAUUGGAUCGUAACGAUUCUGCGAUCUAUGAGAACAAUGAUUUGUUGCUUCUAAGGGAACAAAAAAUUGUUCUUAAAGGACUUGCACAAUGUGUUAACAUGAAUUGGAUGUCUAUUCUCAUUGGAGGAUCUGGAACAGGGAAAAGCAGUCUCGUUCAUCUUCUCGCAAACUUGACUGGACGGAAGCUCAAAUCGCUUGUCGUAAAUUCUGCGAUGGACACUACAGAAAUUUUGGGUGGCUUCGAGCAGACCGAUUACGAUCGACACUUGGAGGAAUUGUUGGAGCGGGUGGAAGCACUGUUGAUCGGGAUCCUGAGGAAGAAUUUGAGGAAAGAAAAUUUGGAUCAGGUGGCUCGUUACCAUGCCCUCCUCGAGAACGUUCGACAUUUGUCCAAAGACGGCGGAGGGGAAACAAUGGAAACGACCAUGUCGUCGGAGACGAAGCUGUUUCUACGUAAAACCGAGGAAUUAUCGAGGCUCGUGUCGGCGAUGAAAGGGCUCGAGAUCCGCAGCGAGUCGGAAUUACUCGAGAUCGAGAAAAAGCUGGCCGAUCUAUCGAUCGCCGUGAACAAGGACAGAUGCCUGAACGCCGGAGGAAAAUUCGAGUGGGUGGACAGCGUGUUGGUGAAAUGCCUGCGGAACGGCACAUGGUUACUGCUGGACCAGGUGAAUCUGUGCAGCCCAGCAAUUUUGGAUCGAUUGAAUGGGCUGCUGGAACCGAACGGCGCGCUAACGAUCGGGGAGAAGGGUGUCGAUGAAAACGGGGACGUGUUCACCGUGAAACCUCACCAGGACUUUCGCUUGUUCCUAGCUAUGGAUCCACGCUAUGGAGAGAUAUCCAGAGCUAUGCGAAACAGGGGCGUAGAAAUUAGCAUACCGACCCCCCAAAAUCACGCGCCCCUCGAUCGACUGGACGUGGUGUCUUUGUUGAACAACUGCGGGAUCAGGGACGGGGCCCAACGGGACUCGAUCGUGGAAAUUCAUCGAUCGUUGUACGAGGCCCGGUACAGAUUGAACGAGUUGUUGCAGGUAGCUUCGUUCACCAGCCGCCAGAUGUCGAAGGGAUUCUCGUUCGAGAGAUCCUUAAGGAACUCGUAUCGCGAGCUCUGCGCCACGCUCGACCCGAGAUCGAGGCACGAGGCUUGGGGAAAAAUCGAGGCAAUUUUGUCCGGGGAGAGGGGAGAACGAGCCUUCUUCCGUUACGAUCUCGACGCCCUCACGUUGAGAUUGUGCGAUCUUCGAAGGAACUCGGGGCUGGCCGUCGUCAGGCAGCAGGGAUUCCUUUUGAAGUCUGCCGUGGAGAAAUUGAGGGACGAUUCGGAGAAAAUUGAUUUUGAAGAUUUAUUCGAUGGACCGCCCAUCACGGAUACAAAGAAGUUUUUGAAACACCUUUUGCUCGAUUUUUACGAACGUUCUUCCAUGGACGAUUUACCGAUCAGACGAUUAUGGUGCUCGAAGAACAUUUUCUCGAAGAACGAAUUGGACGAAUUUUCAAGUAUGAGCGAAUGUUUGGCCAAGAAAGUGGAGGACUCGAAACCUUUGUUCGAGUCUGGCCUGGACGUCCCGUUGUAUCUGAUCGAACGUUCCACUAUCGCUAAUAAUUUGUCCAUUAAGCUGUAUUUUCGAUCGAUGAUUCACGAUUGCCAGUCGAGAAGAAGAAAGGAGGAUGGAAACGGCGACAAAGAUGUUAUUCGAUUGGAGGAGUAUUCGUCCGCCGUCUCCUCGGGAAGAUUGUCCACCAACUUGAAACACGAGACGUUGAUCUUGAAAUUCGCACGGUUGACUGAACAAUGCCCGAUAAUCUUGGACACGAUCCUGGAAAAUCUUAACUUACCGAUAGACGAUAAAACGUAUCUCGAGUUGCGAGAUGAUUUGAAAUGGUACAAAAGAUUCCACGAUCAAGGAUCGGCGAGAUUGGUGGACAGAUCUCGAGGCACGUUCCUCGAUCUCCGCGACAUCUCCUCCUCGUUGACGGUCCAUUACAAAUGGUUGGUCAAAUUUUUCCAAAGAUUGUUCGCCCUUCUCCCCGCCUACUCGACUAAUCUCGCCCGCCAACGAUUGUCCGACUUUGCGGCCGAGUAUCUCAACGUUCCCCUCGAAGGGGACAAGUAUCGAAAAUUGCGCAACAAGGUUAAGAAACACCUCUCUUCGAUCCCUCCCCCCCACUUCUCCCACCGUCGAAUCGCGUUCCGCGAGAAAUUGAGAUCCGCCUCGAGGAAGUUGGAGAUCAACGAGGAGGACACGAUCGACUCGUCGAGGACCAGAUCGAAGAUCGCCUCGAUCCGACUCGAGCGAAAUUUGGCCGCCAGGGGGAGGCUGAUCGAGAUCUGCCUCGAGGAUUCGAGGAACGAUCGGUGCGAGGACGAGGUGGAGAUCGACGAGUUGGACGAAAGCAUCGUCGAGUUGAGGGAGGAGGAGGAGAUUGGCGAGGGGAGGAGAAAAGAAGAAAAUGGUGUCGAGUUGUGGCCUGUCUACGAGUUUUUCUUCCUGCUUUUCGCGUAUCGCUUUCAAAGAAGAUUUUGCGACGUGUUCUUGCUUCGUAAUGUCACGGAUCAGGAAGAGACGAGGAUUGGGAAAAUUUGCGAAGAGGGCGCUUUUGGAAGAUUCGAACAGGUUCCUACCAUACCGGCGCGAUUGAUCGGCUUGAUGAGAGCUCUGAACGACGAGGAAGCGUUACCAGGGGGGAGGAGGAUCGCUUUGUUCCAUGAGUUGUUCAACGCGGUCGAAGAUUUCACGGGGCGAUCCUUCUCCGCCGGAAAUUCGAACGUUUUUCUACGCUGUUUGCGCGACGAGGAGGAAAAGGAGGACGAUUUCCAGACGAGUCUCGUGAACAAAUCGACCCUCUGCCAUCUCCUCUACGAGCUCUUCUCUUCUUCCGGGCGGCGAGGAGAUGAGGGCGCCACUUUCGGGAAUCACGAGAGCAGGAAGAGACUGCUGCGCACUGUACAGGCGUUGUUGUGGAGAAAUUCCACGGUGUUGAACUCGACCGACUACGACGUGUCAGCCAACGACUCGGCCCUCCUCCGAUUUUACGCCAACUAUUACCUGUCCACCGUGAACGGGAUCCUGGACUCGAUCGACCUGAAGCUGAACAAGGAGGAGAGGGCCGACUUGACGACUCGUUUCCUCUCGCCUGCGAACGCGUUGCAGGCCAUCGAGCAGAAAUUGAACAGCUCGAGCGACGCGUCGAGCAGAGGGAACGGUUGGCUGUUGCUGGGCCACCUCCAAGCCUUUCUCUUCGCCCAUCUCGACUCCAUCGAUCCCGUGCGAAAGAUCGCGUUGAAAUCUGGAUACCUUCGCGAGAACGUGGCCGAGUUGGAGCUCUCGUUGCGCCUCGACCGCUUGCAAUCCUCGAUCCUCGGCCCAACUUCUCGUUCCUCCUCGAGAAGAACUAUGAUAGAGGACCGUUUAAGGGAGUCGUCGAAGGGUUUGGACAACUCUUCAGGCGCGGUCAGACCCCCCUCCCUGUUCCCGCGUUUAAGGGAAGAGGUGGAGAAUUUCUCGAGCAACGUGGCCUCGUCCACGUUCGAGCGGAUCGAGCGAUUGAACGAGGCGGUGACCGAUUCGAGGGUGAUGGAGGAGCCUCGGCUGAGGGAGAGGCUGCGCGAGGCCGAGAUCUGGAGGAGGUCGUUGGAGAGGUUCUCCGCAAAGUUGGAGAGGAACUUUCUCCCAGGUUUCCCGGAUCUCGUCUCGCCUAUUCUCUCAGCCGUGUCGAGCCUCCGCCACGGGUUGUCGAUCCUCGCGCAUCUGGCGGCAUCCAGCCGUGCGAUGGGAUCCAACGAGUCCUCGUCUUCUUACGAACUGUUGCGUUUCCCGGUUAUUGGCCGAUGCCAAGAGAAUUACCUGAACCUGGUCAGACUGUGCUUCUCCUCGGAAAGCUCGAGACUCUCUAUGAGCAAGAUCGCCCUGAUGGAACUCGAGAAUUUGUCGCUGGCCGUUCGAAACGGCGGGCAGACAGGGUCCUUGCUGGACGAAUUGAUCAGGAUCCUGCACUGGAUCAGGAUCGCGUGGAGGGAGCAGGAGAGACGAAGAGAGGAGGAGGCUAAGGAGAGGGAGAGCCUGUUCAAGAGCAAAGGAGCUAGGAAAAAGGAGGAAGAGGAGGAGGAGGAGGAUUACAGAGACACGUUCCCCGACCAUGGACGAGACUUCCUCGAGUUCAGGGAGCAGGAUUCGAUCGUCGAGGAAGGGACGAGUUCGGGGAGAGACGUCGAGGCGAUAUCCUCGAGGGACGCCAGGGCCAUCCUCGAGAUUCACUCGAGCGUGUUGGACAAUUGUUCAGCAGAGGAGGAGAAGGAUCGAGGAGCCCUCGAGCCGGACUUCCUUCGCCCGUUGGCCCAAAGGUACGAGGUGUUGGGCCACGAGGUGAGAACUUGGCCAGAGAGUCUCUCCUCCCGAUUGGUGUCCACUUUGAGCGUGUUGAUCUCCCACGGAUCCUCCUCGUCCUCGUUCUCCCGUCUAGGGGAUGGAAAGGCGUACAACUUCUACAAGAAUCCGAACGUGGACGAGGUGGAACGUUCGCCGCUUUUCGACCAGCUUCGCGCGAGGAUCGACGAGCUGUCGAGGGAGUGGCCCGGCAACCCGUUGCUCGACUCGAUAACAACGAUAAUCGACAGGGUGUUCGGCUUCUCCGUGGAAUCCCCUUUAUCCAGAUACCUGAUGGGCGCUGAAUUGGUGUUGACCAAGGUGAAACAGUGGGAGGAGAACGCCCGCCACGACGUCAGCCUGGCUGAGUUCGUCGAGUCGUUCGGGGCAACGAUCCUACGUUGGAGGAGGCUCGAGAUCUCGAGGUGGAACGACUCGUUGGAGCUGGUCGAGGAGGACUCGAGGACCGAGGCCUCGAGAUGGUGGUUCUUCCUCUUCGAUUUGACGGACGAGUAUGUUACGGAUGAUAGUGGAAAGGAGGAGGACGACGCAUCGAGGAGAGGGAAGAUGAUCGAGAGCUUGGAACGUUUCAUGACCGAGUCGUGUCUGAUCGAGUUCGAGGGCAGGCUCGGAUUGAUUCGUCUCUUCUAUCGACACCACGCUCGCCUCCUCGACGAGGAGGGGGAGAAGGGGAGGAGGAGAAGGAAGGAAUUGCUGUCCAUAUUGUGGAACGUUCACAUGUAUUACGCCCGAUUCGUGGACGACGUUCGUGGACGGAUGAGAGCCUCGAAGGAGCCGAUCGCGAAGAAGCUGAGGGACGCGAUCAAGAUCGCGAGGUGGAACGACUUGAGCUACUGGUCCGUGAGAGGAACGGCCGAUAAAACGAGGAGGACGCUGCACAAAUUCGCGAGGGAGUAUCGAAACGCUCUGCGGGAGAGCGUCGCCUCUCGUCUCAGGUCGCCGAGGAGCGAGGCUCCCUCUUCUUCGAGAAGGGAGGAGCCGAUCGAACCCGCCGAUUUCUUGAUCACCGAACCCAAGGAUUCUGGAAAAUUGGCAAGAUUGGCGCGCAAGGCUCGCCAAUACUGCGAGCUCGUGAUCAAGAGCAACGAUUACGCCCGGAUCCGAGGGGACGUGGAGGUCUUCGUCGAGGAGUGUCUGGAGGAGAGCGAGGAGUUGAGAAACCUGAGGAUCGACGAGACGUUGACGGAGGAGAAGCGACGAGGCCUGUCGAAGAGCAUCGGCCGGCGAAAGAGGGCGGCGUUGGCGAAUUAUUUCAAAACGUUGGCCACUCGACUAGGCAUCUCGUACAGGACAGGCGUCCUCGCGUGGAAGAAUCGAAGGGGCCAGGUUAUGAAUUUCACGUGCUCGCCCCUGGAUCUGCGUCAGAUCCGGGCGGACGAGUUAUUCUUGCAAGGAGAGGAGGGCCAAGCGGGGAGAGGAUUGCAGGAGCAGUGGUCGGAUUGCGACAGGUACUAUUACGAGUCGUUGGUCAGACUGAGCUUCCUCGACGGGAUCCUGAGCAGCGGGAGGGGCGGGCUGGGCGCGCAGGACGCGGAGCGUUGCCGCGGCCUCUCCGCUCAUCUCGUCCUCCUCGCCCAUCGUCAGAAACAGACCAUAGCCGGCUUCCUCGACCUCCUGCUCCCCUUCGGCCUCCAAGUGUCGAACCUUGGAUCGAUGAGGAUCGACGAGAGAUCGGUGUCGAAUGAAGUCGUCCAACUUGACUCCUCCAAAGAUAUUCCCCCGGAAUCGGCUCGAAGAGUCGUGAUAAUCCCUCCGCAGAGGGAGUUUCGUGAGGCGGCGAGCAAUUUCCAAGGGUUGUUGGAGGUGUUGCAGAUAUCCGUGAAGCAGAUCGUGACCUUUUUGGAGAGUUGUCCGACGGGCGAUUGUCUCGAGGAAGGCCUCGAUCUGACGGAGACGCGCGUGGCCGGGUUGAGGGACGAGGACGUUUCGAGGAGCGCCGCCGCCUCGUUGAGAGAUUGCUUGGGCCUGGUGAGGGGGAUAGCGAGCGAGUCGAAUCGGUGGAUCUCGAUCGAGAGGAGGGUGGAACGAUCGGGUGGAGGAGGGGUCUUCCUGUCGCAUCGAGGGCGAGUCGAGUUCUUGGAGGCGAGUCAUCGACGGCUCGAUCGAGUUAGGCGGGAACUGGCCGAGCUGAGGCGCGCGUUCACCGACGAUCAUCCGAUCGUCGAGAACGUGCGUUUCCUGAUCGAGAAGAUCGACGAGAGCAAUCGAGAGAUACUCGGAUCGAUGCGCGAGCGAGCGAGCGAGAAGAAGAGAGAAGAGAAGGAGAAAGAGUACGAGGAGAAGUUGGACGCGUUGGUCACCCAAAUUCUACUCGUCGUUCAGAAGAGGCUCACAGACAGUCGGAAAAUCGGCGAACGAGGGAACGAAACCGAGGAAAAUCGUGACGUAGAGGAGAAUCUGAUGACCGAGAGAUUGAUAGAAUCGUUGGAGAGGGUUAUGCCAGACUUACGUUUGAACACGGUGUCGCGAUUACUCGGCGAAUUGAUGCAAAUCAUUCACGAAUCCGAUGUCGAAUCUGCGAAUGAUCGUGUAAGAUCUUUAUUGCGGUAUCUACCUCUUCUCGAACAAUACACCCUGCUCCUCCGUUACUAUCUGCACGAGCAAGUGGCGUCCUUCCGUCUCACUUGCAAAUUCCUCUACCUUCAACUCGGCGUCUUCCUCGACUUGGCGGCUAACGGUUUCUGCCUACCGAACGACGAGGACGAGGCCGAGUGCGGCGGGGAGGAGGGGAGGAACGUCGAGGGAGGGAUGGGAUUGGCCGAGGGCGAGGGGCGGGUGGACGUGUCAGAGAGGAUCGAGAGCGAGGAUCAGUUGGAGGGGGCGAGGGACCCGAACGAAAAGAGCGAGGAGGAAGGGAAGAAGGAUGUAAGGGAGGAGGAGAAAGGGAUAGAGAUGUCGGAAAAUUUCGAAGGAUCGAUGCAAGAUAUCGAGCGAGGGGACGAGGAGGAGGAAGAGAAGAACGAGGAAGACGAAGACCUCGACAAAGAGAUGGGUGAGACCGAUGAAACUGCUGACAAGCUGGACGAAGAGAUUUGGAAGGACGAGGAGGAGGAGGAGGAGGAGGAGGGGGAAGGUAAGGAGGAUGAAAAGGAGGAGAGGGGGAGAGGUGAGAAAACUGGAAAGGAGGAAUUGAGCGCGAAGGACGAGGGCGAUAAACAGAGAGAUGGGAACGAGGAAACGGAGGGUGAAGAAAGGAAGACGGAGGAAGAGAAGAGAGAGAUCAACGAAUUGGAAGAGCCCGAGGUAAACGAGGAUCAGAUAGAUCCGUAUCACGGAAAAUAUCGGCCGGAAAUAGAGCCGGAACCGUUCGAGCUUCCGGAGGAUGUUAAUUUAGACGAGGAAGCGAAGGAGGAUAAUCCUGAGGGCGAAGAGGAGAAAGAUCCCUUCGACAUUGAUCAGAUGAAAGAGUCGAGAGAAAUUUCGGAAGAAAUGAACGAGUGUGAAGAGAAAGAAGGCUCUGAGAAAGAUAAACAUGAGUCUGGUGAUGAGGAGGAGGAGGAGGAGGAGGAGGAGGAAGAUUCAAACUUGGACGGUAACAAAAGAAAAGAGGAGAAAGUUGAGAAAGAUGAGAAGAAUGAGAAGCUCGAGGAGGAUGAGAAGAAGGAUGAGAAGAUGGAAGAAGAGAAUAACGAGGAAGAAGAUGUGGCGCCAGCCAGUUUUGACGCGGGUAGCAAAGAAGUCGACGCCUCCCAGGAAGUUGAAUCGAGGAAAGAUGGCUCGAGAGAUGCGGUGGAAAGUCAGUCGAAUGAGGAGCAAAUGGAAAUAGAUCCCACGGAGAAUAGCGUGGAGAGUAAAAAAGAUAAAGGAACGGGCCAAUCGCAAACGGAAGAACGCGAGGGACAUUCUGGAUCCAAGCAGGAGGAGAACGUCCCUACUUCUGGCGAAGAGGUGUCUUCGAAACCAGCACCGAAACGAAGAAGGCCAGGCCAGAGUGAUGAUAAACGUAGCUUGCUCGAUGACGACGCCCAAUCUUCGGCAAAAUUAAAAACCGCCGAGAUACACGAUCGAGACACCGGGGAGGAGAGUGAGAAGAAUAAAGGUGGCGGUGAAAGUGAGACUUACGAGCAUAUCAAAAGUUCGGAGAAACACGACGAUUACGCUUUUGAUGCUGCGACCGAAGAACAAAUUAAGAAACAGGCAUCGAACUUGGAAGAAGAGGAUAAAAUGGACGAUCAAUUGGAAGAUGAUGACGUUAAAAUGCACGAGGAUCCAGCAUCGAGCGAUCGAGAGGAAGAAACAAAGAAGGAACAAUCUCAGAAAUUGUCUGAAAGUAAGAAGGAAAAAUCGGCGAACGCGAGAGGCGAAAGAACAGACGACGCGGAACAGAUCGAGAUAGGGGGUGACGUUGAAGGGGAAAACGUGGAAACGACUCGUGUUUUACGAGGGAAUGAAUCUACCAUUCAUACAAAAUUAUCGGAAACAGAGUUGUACGACGUUUCCACGGAUGACAUUGCACAGAAGAGGUCCGAGAUAGAGAAUAUGUUGGGCCAAUGGUCUCAGGGGCCAUCUUCGAUAGAGGCGGCGAAUGCUUGGAAUUCUAUAAGCGCCAUAACCGAAUCAGCUGCCAGGGAAUUGUCGGAAAAAUUACGUUUGGUAUUGGAGCCGACGUUAACUUCUCGAUUGAAAGGCGAUUACAGGACUGGCAAGCGUAUAAACAUGAGAAAAGUGAUUCCGUAUAUAGCCAGUGAAUUUCGUAAAGAUAAAAUUUGGUUGAGGCGUACGAAACCGUCGAAAAGGGAUUAUCAGAUCGUAUUGGCCAUCGAUGAUUCGAGCAGUAUGGCCGACAACCACUCGAAGGAAUUGGCAUUUGAGUCGCUUUCGUUAAUUGGCAAAGCUAUGACUUAUUUGGAGGUUGGCCAACUCGCUGUUCUCAAUUUCGGGGAACGGGUGAACAUACUUCAUCCUUUCGGGGAAAACUUUACAGAGGAAAGUGGCGCUAGGUUGAUUCAAGAAAUGAAGUUUGAACAGAAAAAGACAAUGAUCGGUCAGUUGCUUGAUUUUACGAUAGAAAUGUUCGCAUCUCAAAGCAGUUCUUCUGACAAUGCCAAAUUGGUUACUAUUUUAUCGGACGGUAGAGGAAUAUUCUCCGAAGGGAUAGAAACGGUGACUACAGCUGUGAGAAAAGCUAAAUUGUUGAAUAUAUUUCUCGUUUUCAUAAUAGUCGAUAAUCCUCUCAACAAGGAUUCAAUACUUGAUAUUAGAAUGCCAGUUUUUGAUGGUGGUAAAUUAUUAGGUAUACGUUCCUACAUGGAUAACUUUCCAUUUCCAUUUUAUAUUAUUCUUAGAGAUUUGAAUACCUUGCCUGUUGUGUUGAGCGAUGCAUUACGACAAUGGUUUGAAAUUGUAGGUAGAAUUGAUACCUGAAAACAAUAACGUUUAUAUAAUAUAAAUAGAUUUCUUUUUUUUUAUGUUUUGCAUUUGAUUCGAAAUAUAAAAUAUUUAUUAAAUUUAUUCGUAUCUUUAAUCCUUUUGUAAUUCUUUUUUAUUUAAAAAUCAUAUCAAAAAUAUUUAAAAAAUGGACUAAAUUAUCUGAAUUAUCUGAAAAUUGAUAUUUCGUAUUUUCUUUAUGGUCACGUAUAAACAAGGAGAGUCAAUAAUAAGAAAUGGAUAGAGGUAAAAAUUGUAAAAUCAACGCCAUCUUUAGAGUAUAAA